CGUCCCCCGCCCCGCCGCCUGCAGGGCGGGCGGGCCAGGCUGGUGGCGUUCCAGCCGAGUGGGCGUGCGCGGGAGAGCUCUGUGUUGCCCCGCCUCACCUCACGUCACCCCGCCCCGCCUGCUUCCCAGAGCCCUGCGCCACGCCCCGCGCGCAGGCGCACGGCCGCUUUUCGGGUCCGCCCUUCUUCGAGAUUUGAAUUUCCCCCAGCGAAGCGAGAGAGGCAAAAUACCCGGAUGGUGAUUGCUGGCCUUUUCGCGCCAAUACUGUGAGCUCUCACAACAAUCUUGAGAGGAAAAAGGCUGAACGGCCCUCCACUGGUGCCAGCCAAUCAGCAGGACCCCCGCCUUCCUCUGGCCCGCCACCACCACUCGGGGCAAGGUCGCAGCAUCUGCGUCGGAAAUCACGGGGACUUCUUCCUGCUGGCUCAGCUGGGAGGCUGAGGAGUGUUUUGCAAAUGCUCUUUAUCUGAAUGCUGAAAUAACGGCAGACGCUGCCCCUCUUUGAAGUUCUCUGCCCCGAGUCACAGCUAGCGUUCCAGAUGAAGCCCGAGUCGGGUCAGGCCCUGUGCCAUGUGGCCGUGGCCAGCUGCCUCUGUUUGGCCACUGUCUACACGGGCGUCUUUGACGGCGUCUUUGUCCAAGUGGGCUAUGAGCACUAUGCGGAAGCCCCGGUAGCCAGUCUCCCUGCCUUCCUAGCCAUGCCCUUCAACUCACUCAUUAACGUGGCCUACGUGCUCCUGGGCGUGUACUGGCUCCAGAGAAAUGCCAGCACCCCGGAGCGCUCCGCGGAGAUGCAGCGGGCUCGUUACCUGAAGGAUGUCUUUGCUGCCAUGGCCCUGGUCUACGGCCCCGUGCAGUGGCUGCGGAUCGGGACGCAGACGCGCCCUGCCGCCGUGCUCGACCAGUGGUUCACCUUGCCCAUCUUUGCGUGGCCAGUGGCCUGGUGCCUCUACCUAGACAGGGGCUGGAAGCCCCACUUGCUCCUUGCCAUCGAGUGCCUCUCGCUGUGCAGUUACGGCCUUGCCCUGCUGCACCCCUGUGGGUUUGAGGUUGCACUGGGCGCCCACAUCGCUGCCGCUGUGGGCCAGGCCCUGCGUGCCCACGGGCGCUAUGGCAGCGUGUGCUCCGGAGUGUACUUGGCUCUGGCCGUGCUCUCCUGUCUGGGCUUUGUGGUCCUCAAGCUAUGUGACCAUCAGCUGUCACGGUGGCAUCUCUUCCAGCGGCUCACGGGCCACUUCUGGUCCAAGGUCUGUGAUGUGCUCCAGUUCCACUUUGCAUUCUUAUUUCUGACAAAUUUAAACACUUGCCAGAGACUCCCUCCUGAGAGGAAGAUACAUUAAAGUGUGAAAAGAAGUUACUUACAGCUGCUGACCCCCCAAUGUCAAGGUGGAUGGACUAUGAGAUGAUACUUUGUCAUCAUUGGUAAAUUUCCUGGGUGUGAUCAGAUAGGAUGAUUACACGGAAAACUCCCUUCCUUCAAAAUUAUGGGCUUCAAUACGUAGGGGUGAAAUGUUAUACCCUCUGCAACUUAACUUUCAAAGAGAUAAAGCAAACAUCCAGGUACAAAGAACAUGGGGGUUUAUUGUACUAUUCUUGUAAUUUUUCUGUACUUUGAAAUUUUUCCAAAUAAAUGUUGCGGGGAAAUGGUGCCAAGAAGAAAUCUAUGACACUCGCAGCUGGAGAGAGAAUGGUUGUCUGCAAUAGCUUCGGGACAUUGGUUACAAGUGUGGGCUGGUGACAGCACGGUACAGUAGCUUCUGGCCAGUGUGCCAGGCCAGGCAGUGGGCGUACCAGUGAGUGUUGCCAGAGGUGAGGGAUCAGGGAGAGUGAGUCAUGUGAAAUACACGCUCGCAGGCUGAUGGGGAAAUGGAGGCCAGAGCACUAACUCACCAUGAUGUCUUGACUGCCAAGCUGACAACAGGUCGCAUGGAAGCCACAUCACCUCAUGUCCUUUGUGGAACAGGGCAGGGUGCACCUACGUGAAGAAACACAAAUGAAUGUCGAAAGUUCAAUUCUCACCAGGGCGUUGCUUGGUGGGUCAACUCCCAGAGCCAGGGUGUGUGCCUCAGAGGUCCUUCGCGGCGAGGGUUACUGAAGCGUCACAUGUCUGUCACCAUCGGAGAGACCCAGAGCAUGGUCUGAGUAAUCCCCUUAUCCUGCCACUCCGGGUCCUUAGGAUCCAUGAUCUCCUGAUGGCACCUCACGGCAGGUCUGUGCAGUUGGCAUCUUUAAACCCCUCAGCUUGCUUCUCGUGCACACGGCAGUGUUUGAACCAGUGAGCCUGGGGGUGACACGGGCUGCAGACAUGCUAAGGAUUCUGCCUUUGCGUUGCCUGCUGCAGACCCUUGGACACCAUCCCCCUGUGCGUUCUUUUCCCCCACUUGUUCUUUAGGUGCCUGUUUCAUCCUCUGUCACCUGAAAAGCUUCUGGUCUUUAAAGGCAAAGGUGAGGGCAGAGAGAGGAUGGCCAUGUGCAUCUGCUCUGUGCUCCCUAGCGCCUCUCGGGUUGGCAUGCGGGCUGUUGCUAUGACUACCGACAUGCUUUUGAAACUGGGUACCUGAGCCAGAUGUUCUGUUCCAGCUGGACUCAUCUCAAAUGGGUGGUGGGUCCCAACCAAGCCUGGGCAAAUGGUGGGGCCUGGCUCAGGACUUGGGGCCCCGAGACAGGGCAUGCCAGCAGGGGAAGAG